CCUCCCCCACGCCGUGCACCGUUUCACUCAAAGAUGGCGGCGGCUCCAGAGCCUCUGGUCUCUGGCUGCAUUUUAAGGCUUGUUGUUGUCUCCUUUCUGCACGGUUUUGGCACCCUUUCCCCGGCGGAUCGACACGGAAUUCCGGGUGCAUCUGUUGCUGAAGUGCAAUAGGCAUGAGGGUGAUCAGCCCUGGUUACUCCAUCCUGGUGUUGAGAAGCCCAGACCGCUGGAGUUGAAGAACACAGUGAAGCAUUUGGAAGAACUCGACCACAUCACAAACACACAACACACGUCUUGGAGAACAUGGUCAUCGUUUGCAACUCAUAUUGAGAAUUUGUUUACUUAAUUGGUUGUCUAUUUUUAAAAUGUUCCCCUUUUCUGUUUUUUAUUUUUAUUUUUUUAACUAAACUGUUCUUAUUUCCACCAGUCACCUUUCUGUGACCAGAGUGGGUGGACCUGAUUUCACUGGAUGGCGAAUUAGAUUUGGGGGGUUGUGCUAUGGUCAGCUGCUCAACACCGUGUUGUUCAUAUUCUGCUUCAGUGGGAGUCGCCGUGCGGCCUCAAGACAAGGGAUAGUAAGUGAAGGAGAAAAAAGAAGAGCUAGAAAGCAGAGGAGAGGGCGGCGCUUCGGCGCAGGCCACGUGUCUUUCUUUGGUCUGUUGUUCACCUUUUUUUGGUUUGGUGAUAGCGGUAAGGCCCCAGGGCCACCGCGCCCGGACGGACUGCAGCCAUGGUGAAACUGGCCAACCCCAUGUACACCCAGUGGAUCCUAGAGGCCAUCAAGAAGGUGAAAAAGCAGAAGCAGCGACCAUCUGAGGAGCGUAUUUGCAAUGCUGUCUCCAUGUCCCAUGGUCUGGACCGCAAGACGAUUCUGGAACAAUUAGAACUUAGCGUGAAAGAUGGAACGAUCCUUAAGGUCACCAACAAAGGUCUCAACUCUUACAAGGAUCCUGAUAACCCUGGGCGCUUGGCGCUCCCUAAGCCCAAAAGUGUCAGCUCUGCAGCAGCAGGUGGAGGUGGAGGUGGAGGUGGAAGUGGAGGUGGAAGUGGCGGCGGUGGCGGCGGCGGCGGCGGCAGCAGCAGCAGCAGCAGCAGCAGCAGUGGAGGUAGUGGUGGUAGCGGAGCCAGCGCAUGCAGCAGCACCGGUGGUAGCUUUCAAACCCAUUUAGGGAAGAGACCUGGACUUGACUGGAACAAGUUGAUCAAGCGGGCACUGGAGGGCCUCCAUGAGCAGGGUGGCUCCAGCUUGAAAAACAUUGAGCGCUUCCUCAAGUGCCAGGCUGAUGUGGCAGCCUACCUGUCAGGCAGCGGCUCCAUGGGGCCGGGCCUUUUCCACCAGCAGCUAAGGGUAGCCCUCAAAAGAGCCGUGGCCCAUGGACGUGUCGCAAAGCAGGGUCCACUUUUUCAACUCAUCAGCCGCAGCAGCUCCCAGGAUGAUGGCACCGGGUUGUUGUCCCUGGAAUCACUCCCACCUGUCCGCCUGCUGCCUCAUGAGAAAGACAAGCCGGUGGCCGAGCCCAUUCCCAUUUGCAGCUUCUGUUUGGGGACCAAGGAACAGAAUCGUGAUAAGAAGCCAGAGGAGCUCAUCUCCUGUGCAGACUGUGGCAAUAGUGGCCACCCGUCCUGUCUCAAGUUCUCCCCAGAGCUCACGGUGCGAGUAAAGGCUCUGUGGUGGCAGUGCAUCGAAUGCAAAACCUGCAGCAGCUGUCAGGAUCAAGGAAAGAAUGCGGACAAUAUGUUAUUCUGUGACUCAUGUGACCGGGGCUUCCACAUGGAGUGCUGUGAUCCUCCUCUUACCCGGAUGCCAAAAGGCAUGUGGAUUUGUCAAAUCUGCCAACCCAGGAAAAAGGGAAAAAAUCUUUUACAUGAAAAGGCAGCACAAAUAAAACGGCGCUAUAAUGCACCGCUUGGACGGCCCAAGAACAGGCCGGGGCGGCCCUUUAAGAAACUGGGUGGGCGUGCCCGGCGGAAGCGUUCCGCCUCGGCCAAUUCCUCGUCAAGCUCCUCCUGUGAAGGUUACCCCGGUGACGACCGGCUACUUUUCACGAUGCGGGACGGCGACGACUUGACACAAAGCAGCCUUCGCUUCAACAACAAGACCAAGGGGUUAAUCGAUGCCCUCACAAAAUUUUUUACACCUUCGCCUGAGGGUCGCAAGGCACGCCAAGAAGUAGUGGACUACUCUCAGCAGUGCCGCAUCAGAAAGAAAUCCAGUCGCAAGGGAGAUGGAGAUGACAGGGCGGACAAUCAAGAAGGCAGUGAUUGGCGUGAUGACGAGGACCGACUGCCUGGCCAUGAAAAUCUAACAGAAAAAGACAUUGAGCUGUUCAGACACAUCCAGGAGCUUGCUUUACAGAAAGUCGGAGUGACGGGUCCACCAGACCCUCAGAUGCGAUGUCCAUCUGUCAUCGAAUUUGGCAAGUUUGAAAUCCAGACGUGGUACUCCUCGCCCUACCCACAGGAGUACAGCAGACUACCCAAACUUUACUUGUGUGAGUUCUGCUUGCGCUACAUGAAGAGCCGCAGCAUCCUCUACCAACACAUGAAGAAGUGCAACUGGUUCCAUCCUCCUGCUAAUGAGAUUUACAGGAAAGAAGAUGUCUCUGUGUUUGAGGUUGAUGGCAAUGUGAGCACAAUCUACUGCCAGAAUCUGUGCCUGCUGGCCAAGUUGUUUCUCGACCACAAGACCCUCUACUACGAUGUGGAGCCCUUCCUGUUCUAUGUGCUCACCCAGAACGACAGCAAAGGUUGCCACCUCGUUGGAUACUUUUCCAAGGAGAAGCACUGCCAACAGAAGUACAACGUAUCAUGCAUCAUGAUUCUUCCACAGUACCAGCGAAGGGGUUAUGGGCGCUUUCUCAUUGAUUUCAGCUACCUGCUAUCUAAGCGUGAAGGCCAGCCUGGAUCACCAGAAAAGCCUCUGUCAGACCUCGGUAGACUGUCUUACAUGGCUUAUUGGCGCAGUGAGGUUCUGGAGUGCCUCCAUAGGGUCCGUGACCGGCAGAUCACCAUAAGACAGCUCAGCAAACUGACAGGGAUCUGCCCGCAGGAUAUCACCACAACCCUGCACAGUCUCAACAUGCUUGAGCAGCGAGGAGACAGGACGGUCCUGGUGCGAAGAGAGAAACUGGUGGCUAACCACAUGGCUCGUCUCAAGGCCCGACCUCGACAGCUCGAGGUCGACCCCGAGUGUCUUCGCUGGACUCCUGUCAUUGUAACCAAUACCGUGGUUUCUGAUGCUGAUGAGGAUGAAGAUGAGGAUGAUGAAGAACCGAGGGAGGAUGACCACAAGGAGAUCAAGCACAAGCUUCCAUCAUUGUCUUGGCACAUGCGUCAAGCCAAGAAGAGAGAAGAGGAGGAGGAGGAGGAGGAGGAGGAAGAGGAGAGCAAGGGUUUUCUAGGGUUUCCUGUCAGCCAAAGUUCUCCAGCAUUGCCUUCAAUCCGUUGUCCACCUGCCCCACAACCACCUCGUCCACCUCUACCAGCAAAUGGAGAACGGAGACCCCGUGGCCGCCCACCCAAAAACUGGCCUUGGGGUAAAGGGGUGAAGGAUGGCCAGCGAGUUGGACGGCCACCUAAGGUCCGGCCAAUGGAGGAGGAGGAUGAGGACGAUGAGAAGACAGAGGGAGGAAAAACUGGCUCAGCCGCAAGUCCCCCCUCACUUUUCUCAUCGGAGAGGAAAGCCGAGUCAACAGGCUUUCGCACACUGGACAUGGCCAGACACCCCACCAUAACCCCCACACGAAGAGGACGCCCUCCAAGGAAAAAGAGAGGCCCCAAGCCCAGACAUAUUGAGGAACCUAGUGACGGGCUAGCGCAGCUUCCUAUGGUUUCCAGGCUGAAUGAUUCUCCUCUUGUCAGGAAGAGCGGCUUCAGUGAUAGCAGCGAAGACGAUGAGGAGGAAGAUGAUGAUGAGGAGGAAGAGGAAGAGAGCAGGGCAUGCUCUCCUCCCAUUCUUACGAAGCCUGCUAUGGGCCUCAAAUGCAAGAAGCCAUUGAGAAAGCGUCGUUUUCGUCAGCGCAGCCACCCUCACAGCAGUGUGGUGACUGAGACCAUUUCUGAGACAACAGAGGUUUUGGAUGAGCCCUUUGUAGAUUCUGACUCAGAGAGGCCCAUGCCGAGGCUUGAGGAGGAGACACCCCUGGGUCACCCACUGCGCCGCUACCCUCCAGCCCGCUCUGCACUUAGGUUGUCGGACUCUGCCCCCAAAAGAGGCAGACACUGCAACCUUUCAGAUUCAGAGGAAGAUGAGCUUACUGCUAUGCUGAACCCUAUGGCUGAAUUGCCAUCAGGCCCCUCUGCAAAUGUAGUUGCCUGUCCAGAGGUCCCAGUCAAGAAGAAGAAGGGCUGGCCUAAGGGAAAGAGUCGUAAACCACUGCACUGGAAGAAACGGGGACCUGGGAGGCCACCUGGAAGUGGAGCCAACCAGCGAGCGGCUGCAGUAAGCCCAGCAAGCGGCGCAACGACACCACCCAAAAUCAAGAUGAAGCCCGGUCGCAAGCCUCGGAGCUGGUAUCUGCAGCGGGCCCAAGAGGAAGCAGACAGGCAGGAGCAGGAGAGACAAAAACUGCUAGAGCAGCAGCUGGACAAAGAUGCUCCACUGCUUUCAAUAGAUAGAAACAGCAAGCGACUUUCGAGAUUCACCUCGGAUAACAAAGAAAAAUACUCUGAUGAAGAGGACUAUCUCCCUAUGCCUGUGGAGCCAAAGGUCCCUAAAAGGAGAGGGAGACCACCUAAGAAUCCUGCCCUCCGUCAACCACCGCCACCUGCACCAAAGCCACCUCAAACCUCUGAACCAGAGGAAGCAGAAGAAGAAGAGGAGGAGGAGGAGGAGGUUGUUGCAGAGAGAACCUGGGAGGAGAACAAAUCAAGCCGUCCACUUUCCUGUCCUUUGUUGUCUCCUCCAUCCUCCUUAUCCAACCCAGGGCCUCGGGACCAACAGUUCCGCCCUCAGGAUAUGGAUAUUGGUGGAAGAGAAGAUGAUGAGGAAGAGGAAAGGGAAGAAGAGGAAUUUGAGAGCCAGGGAAAUGGUAAUCUUACUAUGUCUAGGCGAGCAACAGCUACACCAGGUUCAGGUAGCCGGCGUAGUGAGGACCAUGAUGCAGAUGAUGAAGGUGAGGGACACCUAGAAGAGAAGAGCAGCAACAUCAGUAAGAAAAGGAAAAGUCAGGAGUCGGAAGAUGAGGAUGAGGAUGAAGAUGAGGAGGAGGAGCCUGCUUCCCAUGCAAGCUCACCUCCAGUCAAAGAAGAACCAGAAGGCGGAGAGUCUUUUUUAGACAUGGAGAACAGCGUGGCCCGGGACUAUGUCAGCAAGCAGGAGGAGGAGGAAGAGGAGGAGGAGGAGGAACAGCCUGAAGAGCAGUUGCAGGGGUCAAAGUGUAGGCCCUCCUCCAGUGAUUCACAGCAGGACGACAGGCAGCGUAGAGAGCAGGAGGAAUCUGCUGUGGCCGCCGCAGCUGUGGAAACUGUUACGGCCAUGUCUGUUCCCUCGGAACCCAUGGAGCUCCAGCCUUUGCAAACGGAGGACAAAGAAGUCACACUGUUGAUCGAACCCCAACAGACACACUCCCACGCCCACUCUCAUCAGCACCCGGACUUCAAAGAAGAGCUGGGUCACCAUCAUUCACAUCAUCCCCAUCAUCACUCCAAUGAACUAGACCUGGAGACAGUCCAGGCUGUCCAGUCUCUGACGCAGGGGGAAGCCCAGGAUGAAGAGACUGAGCCUCAUCAUGGGGCUUACCAGGACUGUGAAGAGACACUUGCUGCCUGUCGGACUCUACAGAGCUAUAGCCACACAGGGGAUGCUGAGGAAGAGGCCCUUGCAUUAGUCGAGGAGUGUGGGGCCUCACAACAUAGCAGCCCAAUGCCCAAUCCCACACUGGCCCCCCUGCCCAGUCAGUCUGUGCGUUCGGUGAACAGUCCAGGAUUGCCGUCAGCCAUCAUGGACACAACACCAGCUGGGCAGAGAGGAGGAACUCCUGGCCCCACAGGAGCAGGUGGAAAUUCUGGUGGAACUGGAAGUGGGUACACACAGAUCACCCCAGAACAUCCCAGUUCUUUGUCUGCACCCUCUCAGCAGAACAUGGAGACCUCUCCGAUGAUGGAUGUCCCGUCUGUGUCAGACCACUCACAGCAAGUGGUGGACAGCGGCUUCAGUGACCUGGGCAGCAUUGAGAGCACUACGGAGAACUAUGACAACCCCAGCAGCUAUGACUCCACUAUGGGUGGAGGAGGCAACGGAACAGGCAAUGGGGGCAAUGGAGGGGGAAUGUCAGUCCCAGGAGCUUCCUCGGCUUCCUCUUCUGCUGCCUCUUCUUCCAGCUCGGCCACCCCGUCCUCCUCUCAGUCCAACAGCUGCUCCUUUGUGCCAGCUCCCAGCCUAGCAUCUUCAACAGGAAAUGGAGCAUCUCAGCACGGACUGGGAAGCUGUAGCCUCAUCCAGCAAAGCGGAUCUGGUGCCAACAACGCUUCCGGAACCAGUAAUGGUACUUCCGUCCCCCAAGCCCCAGCUCGUCCUCACCCUUCCAACACCCCCGGCUGUGGAAUUAAGUCUCCACAGAGCUGUGGUGUUAUUGAGAGGCCUCCAAGCACCAGUCAGCAACAGCAGCAGUCAUCCCAAAAAAAGGUCCCACAGCAGCCUCCUCAGCAGCAGCAAGCCCCUAACUCCCAGCCUCCAUCCUCUGCCCCACCUCCACAGCAACAGCAGCCCCUUUCCCAGUGUAGCAUGGGUAAUGGCUUUGGCUCUACUCCCAUGAUCAUGGAGAUUCCCGAGAGUGGAGGGGGAGGUGGCCGUACCCUGUAUGAGCGUAUGGGUCAGGACUUUGGCACAGGAGGCUACCCCCAACCCUCUGCAACCUUCAGCCUGGCCAAACUCCAGCAGCUUACGAACACCAUAAUGGAUCCCCAUGCCAUGCCUUAUUCCCACUCAGCCUCCGUCACCUCCUACGCCACCAGUGUUUCACUCUCUAAUCCUGGGCUUGCUCCCUCUGCCCACACACCCAUUCCCCAGGGCCAACCCACAAUGACCCCACCCCCUAACCUCAGCUCUAGCUCCAUGAACCUGGGCUCCCUGCAGCUGCAAUGCAACAUGCCCACCACCAACAUCAGUCUGGGCCCCCCACCGCACACACAGCGACUGCAGGGCCAAAUGGCAACUGUCAAAGGCCAUAUAUCCAUCCGGUCCAAAGCCACUCAGCAACUGGCACCCGCCACGCACCAGCAGCAGCUCUAUGGCCGCAGCUCGGGGGCUGUAGCCAUGCAGGGCACACCUCGCACUUUGGCUGUUCAACGCGGCAUGAUGCCAAACCUCAUGCCUACGCCAGCGGCAUACAAUUCCAUGAACAUGACUCCGCUCAAUGCCAUGUCAGCUGGCUACCGAAUGCCCCAACCAAUGAUGAACAGUGGUUACCAUGGUAACCCCCCUUACAUGAAUCAGCCAGCUCAGUAUCCCAUGCAAAUGCAAAUGGGAAUGAUGGGAGGGCAGGGUUACCCCCAGCAGCCUAUGCAGCCAAAUCACCAUGGCAACAUGAUGUACACAGGCCCCUCUCAUCAUAGUUACGCCGGCGUCCCAAAACAGCCGCCAUACAUGAGCAGAUGAACAGCCGCAAACUGAAAAAGACAACACGGGGGCCAAGGCUUACACUCGCUGUACUUUAAAUGUGCAUCACUCUUUCACAAUCUCCAGUGCUGUGGAAAGCACCAAAAAGGAGGUGAAUGGCAACAGAGAGACUGAUUUUCUGUUUAUUCAUAGUGGUAGUUUCUCAUAGGAGAGACAGGACGUGUACAUGGACCAGUUCAGGCUUACAUAGUCCCUGGAAACAGGCCCAAAUGUCUACUAUUCUUCUUGAUGUGCAGGGGAGAGAAAGAGGAUUGUGAGGAAUAUACACAGAAAAGGACAAUUUGUUGGACUGCAAAUGAUAAAGACCGUUAUCUGGUUAUUUUCAUCCAUGCACACAAUCUUUCGACAUAGGAAGCCUUACCUUAAAAAAAAAAAAAAAAAAAAAAAAAAAGACGCUUGAACAGUAGGUGCAUUCUUGUUUUGUUAAACAUGUUGAACUUUAUUUUUGUUGUUUUGGAAAUAUCCUUGUGCAGUCAGGCCUCUUAUAUGCUUUAGUCUUUAUAUGUGUGGCAUUCUUAAAUGAGUGGCACACCCUGUUGGGUUCUCCCAAACCCAACCCCAAUGUCUCCGCAGCCAGCCCGUUACACGGGAAAGUGAAGGAGCGGGGGCCUCCUGUGUGUAGAGGUGUUCAGCCAUGUUUCUGUCUUCCUGGAUGGACGGCAUCAUACCAAAAACACUGCAGAGACACAGAGGAGGCAACCAUUUUACCGUCUUUUAAUCCAUACGUAAUACAACAGCAUUAUGUUCCAGCUUUCUACCGAUGUAAAUAUUCCGAUACCUCCCAUUAUCAAGCAGCACACACAUACUGGCUAGCUCUUACCGAGGAAUGUACAACCUUCCGCUUUCUACUUGUCCACACUCCACUGACAGUCAGUGUACAAUGUCUACUUCUUUGGCAAUUAAGAAUAAGAACAAACGGUGUGAUUUCCAUUUAGCCGCUUCAAGCAAACGCGGUUUACAAUUAGCCAACUUCCCCACAAAGUGUUGAUGACCCAAAAAGUUCGAGGUUGUCCGCUUAUGAAUUGUGUAUUCUGUUAAGCCUGUAUUUUUAUAUAUAUAUAUAUAUAUAUAUAUAUAUAUAUAUGUAUAUGUAUAUGUGUGUAUAUGUAUAUAUAUAUAUAUAUAUGUGUAUAUAUAUAUGUGUAUAUAUAUAUAUAUACACACAUAUACAUAUAUAUAUACACAUAUACAUAUACACAUAUAUAUGUAUAUAUAUAUUAUUUUCUCUCAACUUCUGUCUUUGCUAGAGAUAUUGCGGUAGACAGCCUUUGUAAAAGGUGCACCUAAAGGCCUGGUGUAGUGCAUGGCUUAACCCACACAGAGGCACACUCGUACGAAAGCAGGGUCAGAGCUUUGUUAGUUAUGGCGUUUCAAAGGCCUAGGUGGAACGGUUCACCUUGUUGCUCUAUGUACCAGUAUUCGACGUCAAAAGAGGAGUUUUUUGUUUUCUUACACACCUGACAUUGCAAACCUUAUUUGUGUCUAUUGUUCUGUUCUGAACUUUUGUUUUCUUUCUGAAUUUUAUCAGAGUGGGCAGCUUUCUAUUACGACACAAGCUGACUCUUUUUGACUUUAGAAAACCUGUCGUAGAGAACAAGUUUUUUCUAUAAUAUAAAAGGAAAUUCUGACAUUGAUAUUGGUACUGUCAUUUUUUCCCCACUUCUGUUUCAGGAAAAAAAACAUAUUUUUAGCUCACAUCUUGGGUAAUAAUUACUAAGAAAUUCAAAAUAAAAAAAAAACGUUCUGCUCACUUUUAGUGACUUUAAGAUGCCUUUAACCUCUCCAUUCCAUCUCAUCUCUAGAGUUUUUCUAUCUUUGUGUAGUAUAUUAAUGCUAUUUUAAACAAAAGGACUACAAAUAUCUAAAGGUCACUUGGCAUUUUUUUUACUUGUGUGUGUAUAGGAUGACUUCCUUACAUUAAAGAGGCAUGUACAAAUAAGCUCCGUAUAUUUCUGUCUGUUUAUAUCGCUUCCCUUUUUGUAUCCUUUGGAAUUGUACAUGUUGCGUUGUAUGCUAAGAGAGAGUGCAAAAUAAAUAGAGGAGUGUUUGGCUGAGUGCAGUGCUGUGCUGUGCUCAGCGCCCUCAACUCUCUUCUCUGUCUCUGUAUGUAUUUCCAUUUAUUCGUCCCCUCUUUCUUAGCAAGUACUUUCAAAGAACUCUGUACAUUUUAACAUAAAAUGAAAAUAAAUUAUGUUGAGCCAUUCACGUUUCUCUUGACAUUUUUAAGGUCCAUUUAAGUGCCAGUUGUGCGUGUUACAUAACCUUGCUGUAAAUAAAAUGAUCUGGACAGUUAUACUUUUAUUG